AAUAACCAUAUUCCUCAACUGAAACAAACGUAACAUUUCAACGCCUUUCACGGUAGACGACAUCUCUGCUUCGCCGACGAAGAAGUGACGGAUGAAAGGAAGGAGGAAGAAGCAGCUAAAAAUAACUCGGAGGUUCUACAGGUUGCUGCGUUGGAUGCUAAGUGGCUGCGGGCUGGAGGCUGGGGCGGAGCGAAACGCUGGGAGGCUAUCUCAUUUUUCUCCUUUCUCUUCCUCCAUUGAUCAGUUUGGUGAAGAAGGCGGAUCCUCUGACGUCAAACUCAAGCAGUUCGGAUGCGUCAGAGUCCAGCUGAGCGAGGAAAGAAGGAAACAGGUAAUAAAAAGGAAUAAGGUUCUGGACGGGCAGGGCAAAGCGGACCAGAGCGGAGCGUCGGGUUGACUGAGCUGUUGAACGCACCGCGUACAGACUGACGGAGAUGGAGGGCUAUACUGAGGAAGAACACAAGGAGAAAUUAUUAUGGAACGUCAAACGGGAGGAAAAAAGAUUGGCUGGCGCACAUUGGACUUUCUAGAUGAAGAAACUGAUUGUAAGACUUUCCUCUGGAGUCAAUGUGGCUAAUGAGGUGAAACAGAUAAUGGAAGAGGCUGUAACUAAGAAAUUUGUGCAUGAAGACAGCAGCCACAUCAUCGCUCUGUGCACAUACCUCCUGUUCAUGUCUGCAGCUGCCAUUGAGGCCUGCCUGAGUCAUCUCCUGAAGAGACGUGCAGCCGGCUUUCUAAGAAGUGACAAGAUAGCCGCAUUAUUCACUAAGGUUGGCAAAGUGUACGACACAGCUGGCGAGAUCUGUCGGAAAGUCCAGGAGCAGCUCCAGCAGCAGGCUGAUCUCACCAGGAGAGCCCAGAGCGUUGGCCAUGAACCUGUGAGAAGACAAGGCUCCUCCACCACCAGCCGCCCCCCUCAACCUCUCUCUGCCCAGGCCAUCAAACACAUCUGGGUCCGUACGGCUCUCUUUGAGAAGGUUUUGGAUAAGAUAGUCCAGCACGUUGUGGACAACUCCAGUAAAUACUAUGAAAGGGAAGCUCUAAUGCAUGACCCAGUCUUUGGGCCCAUCUUAGCCGCCUUGCUUGUGGGGCCCUGUGCCCUGGAAUACACUAAGCUGAAAACUUCCGAUCAUUUCUGGACGGACCCAUCAGCCAAUGAGCUGGUUCAGCGCCACCGUAUCCAUGGGGCCCACCGCAGCCUAGAUGUGUCAUCCGGCCGUCGACCGGCUCUGGGGAUCCGUAAGAGGCAGUCCAGUGGGAGCAUGUCAGAAGACAGGUUUGCUGCAUCGGCAAGAGAGUAUGUGGAGUCUCUUCAUCAGAACUCUAGAACACACCUCCUGUACGGCAAAAACAACGUCCUUGUGCAACCGAAAAAGGACAUGGAGGUGUUACGGGGCUAUUUGUCACUCCAUCAAGCUGGGGAUAACCUCACGCUAAAGUGGACACCUAACCAGCUCAUCAAUGGUACGCUGGGGGACUGCGACCUGGAGAAAAGUAUUUAUUGGGACUAUGCACUGACUGUUCCUCUGCGCCAGAUUGUUUGCAUCCACUGUCACCAACGGCCUGAUUGUGGUGGGACGCUGGUACUCGUCAGUCAGGAUGGGAUUCAGAGGCCGCCACUGCACUUUCCCCCUGGCGGUCACCUCCUGGCCUUCCUCUCCUGUCUGGAAACUGGACUUCUACCACGAGGUCAGCUGGAACCUCCCCUCUGGUCCCAGAAAGGCAAGGGAAAAGUGUUCCCUAAGUUGCGGAAGAGGAGCAGCACAGCACGCCUCAUGGAGCAGGACAGGAACGGCGAGGAGCAGACAGCUGCUGACUACGUCUUUCGCAUCGUCUACCCAGGAUACCGAUACGAUGCUACAGUCACUAUAAACUACCACCACACCACGGGCAGCCGCGCACCGUCGCUGGAUGACGAUGAGGAAGAGGAAGAUAGACUCCAUGCUAUGAUCUCAAUGAUCUGCUCGCGGAACCUCACAGACCCUAAUGUCCUGAAAGACCAUGGAGAGAUGAUGGAGAUGCAAGGUUUUGGAGGGAGUCCAUCGUCGUGGCAACAGACUGAUGUAACUGCUCAAGAGUUCCUGUGCCAGUCCUGCUCAGCAGCUGGUAGCAACUCAUCAUUUGACUACACAGCUGGUUGCACCUGCCUGCAUCAGCCAUCGGACAUUCACACUAUUCCACUGAAGAUGCUCUGUCAGAACAUGAAGCGGCAGAUCGUCUCCAGAGCCUUCUAUGGAUGGCUUGCAUACUGUCGACACCUGUCCACGGUGCGGACACACCUGUCAGCUAUGGUCACCCACAACAUCGUACCCCCAGACAGACCUUGUGAGGCAUCUGGAGGUCUCAGCAAAGAGGUGUGGAGCAAGUACCAGAAAGACUGCAAGAACUACAAGGAGCUUGAGCUGCUCAGACUGGUUUACUAUGGAGGAGUCCAGCACGAGAUCAGGAAGGAGGUGUGGCCCUUCCUGCUGGGACACUACAAGUUCGGGAUGAGCAAAAAGGACAUGAGCCAGAUUGAUGUGAAGAUCAGCGAGCGCUACCAGCAGGUAAUGCGGGAGUGGAAAGCCUGUGAGGUCAUCGUCAAGCAGAGGGAGAAGGAGAUGCAGUCGGCCAUCUUUGCCAAGCUGUCAUCGGGCAGUAGCAUAGACAGCCACGUCCUGAGGCUCGCUCACAGAGACUCCACACUCAGUAAUGAGGUCUUCAUGUCUGUGGAUGAGCCAGAUGCAGGGAGUCAGGAGACCCCUAGUGGCGAGGACAGCACUCCUGUCAUGACCACCCUGGCCCCGCCUGCUGCUAUGCCCCCAGAGGAGCGUCCUCUGGUAGAGUUUGACUCCCCCGACUCAGGUCUCCCUUCCUCCAGGAACUACUCUGUGACUUCUGCUCACUCUCAGAUCCUGUCCAGCAUAGACGAUGGUCAGAGCACUGAGGAGGAAGGUGGGGGUAGGGAGGAAGGCAGGACUCCAGUAGGGGGGCGUCAGGACUCUUUUACUGAGGACAGGCUCUGCAGUCAGCUGGACAAACUGAUGACAAGUGGAGCUGCCACCGAGGCCAUCUCAGCUUCGCUCUCCUCUUACACAAUCGAGCUUCUGGACAUGGUCGCCCUCAACCUUCACAGGAUAGACAAAGAUGUGCAGCGCUGUGACCGCAACUAUUAUUACUUCACCACAGCCAACCUGGAGAAACUACGCAACAUCAUGUGCAGCUACGUGUGGGAGCAUCUAGAGAUGGGCUACGUUCAGGGCAUGUGUGACCUCCUGGCGCCGCUCAUGGUCAUCCUGGACGACGAGAGCCUGGCAUACAGCUGCUUCACUCAGCUGAUGAAGAGGAUGAGUCAGAACUUCCCUAAUGGUGGAGCCAUGGACACACACUUUGCCAACAUGAGGUCGCUGAUCCAGAUCCUGGACUCUGAGCUGUUUGAGCUGAUGCAGCAGAAUGGAGACUACACACACUUCUACUUCUGCUACCGAUGGUUCCUGCUGGACUUCAAACGAGAGCUUCUGUAUGAGGAUGUUUUUGCAGUAUGGGAGGUUAUCUGGGUGGCUCCCAGGAUCUCGUCUCGCCACUUCGUCCUCUUCCUGGCCCUGGCGCUGGUUACGCUGUACCGUGAGAUCAUCAUAGACAACAACAUGGACUUCACUGACAUCAUCAAGUUCUUUAACGAGAUGGCAGAACGUCACGAUGUGCAGCUUAUCUUGCGGAUGGCACGUGAGCUGGUGCACAAAGUCCAGUCUCUGAUGGACAACAAGUAACUCUACAAGGGAUAACUGGGAGGACUGGGAAUGUGUGUGCAGUCUGGUAUUAGAUACAGUUUCCUGCCCUCCACACGUCCAGAGCUGGCUAUGGGGGUCCAAAUGAAAAUCCCAGUGGGGAUCCCAAAGGAGAUCCUAUUGGAAGUCCCAGUGAAGGUACUCGUAGGGGUCCCAGAGGGAGCUCCAGUGGGGGUGCCAGUAAAGGUUCCAGUGGGGGUUCCAGUGGAAGAUGGGGAGCGUCACAUGGCUCUUGCGUUCUGUUUACAUGUUCCUUCACCUGGAAUGCACAUGGUGUCUGUUCAGGCAUUUGGAUUUGUCUGCAUGCUAGUGAGUUAAAUCACACUGUGAACGCAUUCUUCAGCCCCCCAGUCUUACAGUGUGUGUGCAUGAGAACACACACAUCGUUCUGGCUCUUCUCCCAGAGUCCCCUCCUUUUACUGACUCUGGAACUUCCUAUUUGGGAAGCCAGCAAGGAAAACUGAAGCUCCGUCAAUUUCCCUAACAUGUUCCUCAGUGCGGCACCACAGGAGGCCACAAGAGAGCAGGAUUUAUACACAACAUUAUUGGAGGAGCAGAAGACUUUGCCACGAAGAUGCUUUCAUCAGUGACCAAAUGAACUGUGCCAACUACCUUUUCGCGAGUGCUUUCUACAAGCAUGUGUGUUUUUAGCUGCUUGCCACCUUUUUAACGUUUCUUUCAUAGUAACCACAAAUGUUGCCUUUUAUUGACAGCCCAAGGUACUUAGAUGCACUUUUCUCCUAGAGUAUCCUUAGUGGUGCUUAUGAAGGCUGCAUCCAACUUGCCGGAGGCAUGAAGCGGCAGUGGAUGAAUUGCAGCCAGUUUUCCUGCACAUGGCGUUAUGUGUUUGAAGCAUGUGUGGAACAAACUAGAACAGCACAACCAUAAAGAGAAAAGCACACAGACUUCAUUUCUCUGGUGGGUCAUUAAAAGGGGUUGGGGAUGAGUUAGGAUAAACAUAGUGAUACAAUUUCCACAAGUGACUGGAUUAGUUCAGUAGUACCUAUCUUCAGCUGUCUUUGGUCAAGAGGUGGGGUCCGCCCUGGACAGGUCGCCAGCUCAUCGCAGGUUAACAGACACAGUGAGCAAACACACAUCCAUCCCAUAGGGCAAUAUAGAGAGAACAGUUAAUUAAACGUUAAUUUUUUUGGACUGUGGAAGGAAGUUGGAUAAAACCCAUGCAUUCACAUGGAGGACAUUCAAACUCCACACAGAAAGACCGCAGGCUGUGUGUUUCCCUGCUUCAGCAGCUCCUUGAUCAGAACACAUUUUAAAAUAAUUUUAUGAUUCGCCCAGUCUGUCCUAAGCUGCAUUUCCAUUACAAAUUUAGACAAAACUUUUAUCAAUACUCUGCUAAUGUAAAAAAAAACACAAUUGUGCAAUUGCUGUUAAAAUUAAAUAAGCGCAAUUGAAAUCCCACAUGAAUA